UCGAUAUUCCAGUAUCGAUCCGCACAUCACUAUUUAUAGGGAUCUGAUGCUUCCUUACUAUCAGCCAGACUUAAAGCCAGAGCAGGAUGGUAUCCGGCAGCUUCACCUUUUUCGGCAUUAUUCUUUUGUGCACCUGCUCUGCUUCACCGCCGAAUUUCGUCCUCAUCUUCGCUGACGAUUUAGGUUUCGGGGACUUGGGCUGUUAUGGACAUCCUAGUUCACGCACUCCCAACCUGGACCGCCUGGCAGCUGAAGGGCUCCGAUUCACAGAUUUUUACAGCACCUGCCCCGUGUGCAGCCCGUCCAGGGCAUCAUUGUUGACAGGUCGCUAUCAGACCCGGUCAGGAAUCUACCCAGGCGUGUUUUACCCAGGAUCUAUAGGUGGUCUUCCUCUCAAUGAGACCACCAUCGCUGAAGUGUUAAAGUCCCUGGGCUACGCCACAGCGAUCAUAGGAAAGUGGCAUCUAGGUGUUGGGCAUAAUGGCAUGUUUCUUCCAACCAAGCAGGGCUUUGACCAUUUCCUGGGAAUCCCAUACUCCCAUGACAUGGGCCCCUGUAAGAAUCUGACUUGUUUCCCUCCAGAUAUAAAGUGCUAUGGAUUGUGUGAUAUUAGCAACGUAGUCGUCCCACUAAUGGAGAAUGAGGUCAUCAAGCAACAACCAGUCAACUUCCUUGAUCUGGAGAGGAGUUACAGUGACUUUGCAGCAAACUUCAUAACCACAUCGGUUGAGAAAAAACAACCAUUCUUCCUCUACUAUCCAUCACAUCACACCCACUACCCCCAGUAUGCAGGUAUUGGGGCAGCUGGCCGAUCUUUAAGGGGUCCGUACGGGGAUUCCCUGUUGGAGUUUGACAACAGUGUAGGCCACCUGGUGGAAACUCUGGAGAGGACAGGAGUGAUCAACAACACAUUGGUCUUCUUUACAUCAGACAAUGGGCCUGAACUGAUGCGCAGGUCCCGUGGAGGCAUUGCUGGUCCUCUGAAAUGUGGCAAAAGUACCACAUAUGAGGGAGGCAUGAGAGAACCUGCCAUCGCCUACUGGCCGGGAAUCAUCAAACCAGGUGUUACUCAUGAGAUGGCCAGCACUCUAGAUAUCCUCCCCACAUUGGCGCGCCUGGCAGGAGCUGAACUACCACAGGUGAUGCUGGAUGGGGUCGAUAUGACGGAUAUCCUCGUUAAACAAGGAAAGAGUAAAAGGGAGACCGUGAUGUUCUAUCCUGUAAAUCCCAGUGAAGACUAUGGCCUUUUUGCUGUAAGGCUGGGGAAGUACAAGGCCCACUUCUAUACACAAGGUGCUUUCCAUAGCAGUACUACACCAGACAAAGACUGCUCAGCAUUGCGCAAGACUCACGACCCUCCUCUGAUAUUUGAUCUGGAGGCUGACCCAUGUGAGCUCUAUCCUCUAUCAGUAGAUACACCUGACAUCCAAUCUGUGCUGCAACAGGUCAAGACAGUUAAGGAGCAAUUUGAAUCCUCCAUGGUGUUUGGAGAGAGCCAAAUGGCAAAAGGAAAAGACCCCAGCCUCGAGCCUUGCUGCAACCCUGAGUGUAGCCCCAAACCUAGCUGCUGUCAGUGUUGAUGAGAAACAUUGCUGCAGCUCCUAAUGACAAUAAAGAAAGGGAAAGUUGAACUGCAGUGCU